AAAAGCUGAGCAGCUGUGGACAUCAAACCAAAUCGAGGUCUCCAGCUAGAGACUUGGAAAGUAGUGAGCAAUCCACUAUCACAUAGCAUCAAGAUUCACAGCAGCCGAGGAACAGAACACCGAGGAAAAUGAAGGCAGUCAUUGUGUUCAUGCUCCUUUUCGCGGCGGUCUAUUGCCACCCUGUGAAACGUUCCGCCAGCAGUUCCGAGAGUGCUGACGUGCAGCCUGUAGAUACUCAGGCUUUGAAAGUCGCUCCGGUCGCUGAUGUUAGCUCUGAAGAGGACGAUGAUGCUGAUGAUGAUGAUGACAGCGACAGCGAUGAGUCAGAUGAGAAUGUGGAUCCCACCAGUUCUCCCCCUACCAUCGAGACAACCGUGAUCCCUGUUAUCGAUGGACGUGGAGACAGCAUUGGCUACCAAAGUGACUACAAGAAGCCAGGUUAUUACGUGGAUGGCAACAACAUCGAGAAAGGACCUUCUUCUUAUAAAUCAUAUGGAUCUGACAAGAACAAGCAUGAUGGUGCGGAUCUGAAACUGUACAAGGCUCUGCAAGUGCACGAUGGACUGGACCAGGGACUGGACGUCGCAAGUGGUGACACGGUCCAGCAAGAGCAGAAGUCCGCUCCCUCUUCCAGUGCCAGCGAUGCCACUCCCAGUCUGGAGAGUGACGAGGACAGCCAGAGCAGCGAGGAGGGCACAACCGAGGCCACCACGAUCGACAGCAACUCAUCUGAGAGCAGCGAGGAGACCAACGCGGCCGACCAGCCUGCCCUGCUCAGCGAUAAGAAAACAGAAGUCAUCGUCGCUUAAAUACUCAAAUACCCCAAACCUGCUGGCGACAUCUGACUUACUUCACGCCAUGUGAUUAGCAGAAAGCAAUGUUACAGCUCAGACAAACCAGGUCUAGUACCGAGGCUGCAUUUUGUUAGCUGUCAAAAAGCUGUCUAUUUUAAACAAAUCUACAUUUGCACAAUCAUUUAAUAUAAGUUUAUGUAAUAUAUUUUAUUCUCUCCUGUAUCACGAUUUUUCCUUCAUGAAUAAAUUGUUUUUCAUAAAACAAAAG